AUGGAUUUGAAUAAAAAUGGUGUGGUCGGUUCGGGUAGUGGAUAUUGUGGUAGUUGCCAAUCACAUGGAAACAAAGGUGGAAGUUCAGUCAAUAAAUUUGAAAAUGUGGCGCACAUGGAUCUCAACCGUGACGGAUAUAUCGGUAAUAAACCUGCUCAUUCUUCAAAUUAUCAUCAACAAGGAGGCCUAGGAUAUUAUACUCCAUAUAAUGUACCGGGUACUUUAGCACCGCAAUACCAUCAGACCAGUCGUGGAGAAGGCUUGGUUAAUCGACUCGAAAAAGGCGUACACAAGGACCUCAAUCAUGACGGACGUAUCGGUAAUAAACCUACUUAA